UCGCACUACGCGCGCCGCGCCAAAUAAACGACGAGCUGGCUGGGUGGUGCAAGAAGAUCCCAGCGCUCCGACCCAAGCCCGCCACCCCUUCUCCUCUUAUUCUCUCCCUCCAAAAUCUCUCCACGCUCUCAUGCCCGCCCGCAGAAGCCACCCCGAAUGGGUUCCGCCUUCUCUCCGACCACCCGAACCCCGAGGUCUCCCUCUUCCUACAAAAAGGCUUCGCAGAGAUCUCCAACCUUCUCACUGGAAGAACAAUCCACUGCCUUUCUAUUCGGCGCUCCAUUCACCUCAGCCUAUUCCACUACAACACCCUCAUCAACUUGUACUUCAGAUUCGGCCGAUUGGAAACCGCGCUCAAAGUGUUCGAUCACAUGCCUCAAAGAAACGAUGCCUCUUGGAAUACAGCAAUUUCUGGCUGUGUUCGAGUGGGUUCCUUUGCUAAAGCUGUUGAAUUGUUCCGAGAGAUGAGGGAAGACGGCAUCGAGCCCAACAAGUUUGUGCUCGCAAGCCUCCUGACGGCCUGUAACCGGUGGGCAGAGAUGGUUGGAAAAGGUAUCGAAAUCCAUGCUUUUGUUUUGAAAAUUGGGAUGAUGAGUAAUGUAUAUGUUGGAACUGCACUGCUGCAUUUGUAUGGCAGUUAUGGAUUCUUGUCUGAUGCUCAGAGACUCUUUCAGGAGAUGCCCGAGCGGAAUGUUGUCUCCUGGACUGCCUUAAUGGUGAGCUUUUCCACAAAUGGGUAUCCACAGGAGGCCGUCAAGGCUUAUAGGUGGAUGAGGCGGGAAGGAGUGGUUUGCAAUCAAAACUCCUUUACGACAGCAAUUAGUUCUUGUUGGUUGCUCAAGGAUGAGAAGUUGAGCCUUCAAGUUAUUGCCCAUGUCGUGGUUGCUGGAUUUGACACUGAUGUUUCGGUGGCAAACUCUCUGAUAACAUUGUUUGGGAAUCUGGGGAGAUUAGAGGAAGCUGAACGCAUCUUUAACCAGAUGGAACAAAAGGACCCGAUAUCUUGGAAUUCGAUGAUAUCAAUAUAUUCACGAGAGGGAAUGCACAAGGAGUCUUUGCAGUUGUUUUCAGACAUGCGUCAUGGUAAUAUCAAGCCAGAUACCACCACUUUCUCCAGUUUAAUAACAGCAUGUAGCUGUUUGGAUCAUCUGAAGUGGGGAAAGGGACUUCAUGCCCUAAGUGUUAAAAAUGGUCUUGAUUUAUUUGUUUCUGUGGCCAAUGCCCUUGUUAAUAUGUACUCCACGGCAGGGAAGUACAAAGAGGCAGAGUUGUUGUUUCGUGACAUGCCCAAAAGAGAUCUGAUUUCAUGGAACUUUAUGAUCUCUUCCUACAUCCAGAGCGGGCAAUGCACGGAUGCCUUGAAGCUUUUAGCUCAACUGAUUCGAACAGAGAAAGAAACAAAUCAUGUGACAUUUGCUAAUGCACUCGCCGCAUGUUCUAGUCCUGAGGCUCUAUUUGACGGCAAGACUGUUCAUGCCCUCACAAUUCACAUUGGUCUCCAAGAGAACUUGUUGGUGGGUAAUGCUUUAAUCACCAUGUAUGGGAAAUGCAAUGCUAUGAGAGAAGCUGAGUUGGUGUUUCAAACAAUGCCUGAUCGUGAUGUUGUUACGUUCAACGCACUCAUAGGGGGACAUGCAGAGAAUGAAGUGCAAAGGGAGGCAGUGCUAGUAUUUAAUUGGAUGAGAGAAUCUGGAAUAAUGGUAAAUUACAUCACCAUGGUGAACGUCCUUGGGGAUUGCUCCACUCCAAAUGACCUGCUGAAGUAUGGAAAGCCGCUUCAUGCACAUAUAGUAUCCACUGGAUUUGAAUCAGAUAAGUAUGUAAAGAAUUCUCUGAUAACAAUGUAUGCCAAGUGUGGUGAUUUGGAUUCCAGUGCAUUUAUCUUUGAUGGCUUGGCCAACAAAACUGCAGUUUCAUGGAAUGCUAUGAUUGCUUCAAAAGCACACCAUGGUCAUGGAGAGCAUGCUUUAAAGCUCUUUAUGGAAAUGCAGCAUGCUGGAAUUUCUUUAGAUCAGUUCAGUCUCACCAGUGGCCUUGCAGCUAGCACAAGUUUGGCAUCACUUGAGGAAGGACAGCAACUUCACGGUCUGAUUACUAAACUUGGAUUUGAUUUGGACAUUCAUGUGGUAAAUGCUGCAAUGGAUAUGUAUGGAAAAUGUGGAAAGAUGGAUGAUAUGUUGAAAUUACUCCCUGAGCCUACUGAACGAUCCCAGCAAUCAUGGAAUAUUUUAAUAUCAGGGCAUGCAAGACAUGGUUGCUUUGAUCAGGCUGAAGAUACCUUUGAACAGAUGCUUUCAGUAGGACGGAAACCUGAUCAUGUUACCUUUGUUUCUCUUCUCUCUGCUUGCAAUCAUGCAGGCCUAGUAGACAAAGGUAUUGGUUACUACAAUGCAAUGACUUCAGAAUUUGGUAUCUCCCCAAGAAUAGAGCACUGUGUCUGUAUGGUUGAUCUACUUGGACGUUCAGGGAGGCUUGUUGAAGCAGAGAGGUUUAUUGAAGACAUGCCUGUGUCACAAAAUGAUCUAAUUUGGCGUAGUUUGCUGUCUUCCAGUAGAACUUACAGAAAUUUGGAUAUUGGUAGGAAAGCUGCCCGACGCCUUCUUGAGUUAGACCCUUUAGAUGACUCAGCUUAUGUUCUUCUAUCGAAUGUUUAUGCUACCAAUGGAAGGUGGGAAGACGUCGACAAAUUGAGAAUGCAUAUGAAGUCAAUCAAUUUGAAAAAGAGACCAGCUUGCAGUUGGAUUAAGGUGAAGAAUGAAGUGAGUUCCUUUGGCAUUGGGGACAGGAGUCACCCGCAGGCGCUGCGGAUCUAUUCAAAGUUGGAAGAGAUUUUGAAAAUGGUUAAACAAGUGGGUUAUGUUGCUGAUACCUCCUUCGCAUUGCAUGACACAGACGAAGAACAGAAAGAGCAUAACCUUUGGAGCCACAGUGAGAAGCUUGCUCUGGCAUUUGGGCUACUGAAUGUGCCAGAAGGAUCUACCAUAAGGGUAUUUAAGAAUCUUCGAGUUUGCGGGGAUUGCCAUAUGGUUUACAAAUUGGUUAGCAAGGCUGUUGAUCGGGAAAUAGUGCUGAGGGAUGCGUACAGGUUCCACCAUUUUAGAGGUGGAGAGUGUUCUUGCUCGGAUUAUUGGUAACGGUAUAUUGAGAAAAAUAAUUGUCAGAAAUCCUCAGUUGUGCAGUCUGUUUUUCAACUCUAUUCUUGAAGCGACACUGCUUCUGCUGAGUUAUGUAUUGAUUAUUUGUUUUAAUUUAUUGAUAUGGGAAUAGGUUAAAUUUGAUAUUCUGCAUUUUUCUGAA